CUGAAGUAUUCAUUAUUUCCAACAAAUGUCUCAUUUAGGAAGCCAUGUUUAGGGCAUGAUAUGUCAAGAAGUAUGAUUGCCAGGCUCACAGGAAUUGGUAUACACUGAAAAACUUGUUCCCUUCGGGUCCAAAUGAAUCAGUGUCUCUUCAGGGAACAAAUAUUUUCAUAAUUGGCCCCUAAAAUUGCAAAAAAGUUAAAACAUUUCUAGGCGUGGGUGGUAUUUCGGUCUUAAUUGCACCCAUAGACACACAGGAUACUGACAAAUGUGUUUUAAUCUUAAAACAUAAGCACUGAUAGUCAUUCCCCAUCAUGUUAAUCUCAGGCAUGUAUGGUACAACAUUUUGCUCAUUUUAAAGGGACUCAAGUGACAAUGCUAACUAGUACCUAGAAAACUGGCAUGGAAUAAGGUAAAAUUACAUAAUAAGGUUAAAAAUAAAAAUAAAAAAAAUACUGAGUGCACCUUUAAAGAUCUAUGCUUAUAAAUCAAAGACUGCAGUUCAUUUGCAAUCUAUGCAAUGCGUGAACACACAGCCAGUCUUCAGUGAGGCAUUUAACCCAGGCGACUGUCCUUGCAAUUAGUUGUUGUAGAUUAAAAAAAGAAAUAUUAUUUGUUAAACGACAAAUAACCAAUCUGAAAACACCUUCUAGUUCAUCUCACCACACAAUCAUUCGUCACUAACAGCAGGGACAUCGUGGGUGUUAUUUCCUCCAGGCUAAAACAAUGUAAUUAUCAUAGCAAUGAUUGCACAGCAGCAGUAAUUAGCAGCACAGACCCAUCCGGAUGGUGACUCGCAGUAUGCACGAGGCCAUUCAAAUAUCCCCGCCUGCUAUCUGAAGUGAAAUCCAAGAGGCUUAGAGAGAAGCAACUAAGCGUUAGAGUUGGGAGAGCGAGCGGAGGGAGGGGUACAAGUGCACGUAAGCUGCCUACAAAUGACACACUGCAAUCAUAAACUGUCUCGCGACGCGUUCUUUCUCUUCUUUCGCGCCCUUUCGUUUGUGAAGUAUGAAGAAGACGUCGAGGUACUCGGAAAAACGGCUUCGGUUACAGAUUCAGCAGAUAACACGUUUGUAACGCACUUCUGACCGACUUCUACUCCUCAGCCCGCAAAAAGCUACAUCGCAGCCGACUGAGACUCUGGAUGGACCGGGAAGGAGCCUGCUCGAGCUCGAGUCUAGAUAAACGGCACGGAAUAAACCCCAUGCCGAUUAUAUAAGGGUUUUGCGACAAAGAAAGUCAGGAGACUGAAAGGCUUGCUUCGCCCAAAUAAACUACAUGCCAGGGCUUAUAUUAUGGACAAUGUAGCCUUUGAGCUUGACGUGGUUGACUUCUCUGGAUUAUUUUCCACGUUUAGUUUUGUUGAGAAGCAGUACAGUGUCAUUACUGGACGAACGGCGCGAUUUCGGUCAGUGGAUUCAGAUAAUAUCGUCUUGAUGCCUGCAGGUUUGCGUUGGUCUUUAGAUUGAGACUGCUCUGUGAAGUCUUCAUGCUGUGGGCAUGUUGCCCUCGCCCCAGGUGUGCGUGUCAACUCUGGUGACAGUGAGCACGAUGGCCGUGGUCGACCUCUACCUUCUGGAGCAGAGCAUGCUGGGACCUCGAAGCGGAGCCCGUCCUGCAGUAUGGCCAUGUGUUGCUGUCGCACUUGGUGACCUGUGUUUCCUGCUGGCGCUGCGCUUUGUUUCCGCCGGUGUGGUUUCGGAGGCACGCUCUCCCCGUCGGGGCUUCGCCAAUGCUCUCUGGUUCCUGUUCCUCUCGCUGCUGCAGCUGAAGCUUUUCUUUGUGUGUCAGAAUUACAGACAGGAGAGACGACCCCCGGAUCCUCUCGCCCGCAAGACUCUGACACUUUUACUUUCGGUGUGCCUGCCCUCGCUGUUUCUCAUCCUGACAGGAGCCGAUUACAUGACUCCCCUCCGUAGGAAGCAGGAGGUGCGCAGCCGGCUUCUGUGGGUGGUGGUGGACUUGCUUGAUGUGUUGGACCUGCAAGCCGGGCUGUGGGAGGUGCAGGGCACUGUGGGGGUUCCUCUUUGGGUUGAGGGUAUAGUGUUCUUUUACUGUUACGUGCUGUUGUUGUUGCUGCCGUGCGUGUCGCUCACAGAGCUGGGUGCCACUGCACUGCCUGGGCUGCAGGCGGCACGGAAGGAGGCUAUCUAUCCGUGGCUCAGCCUGGUGACCAUUAACGUGUUCACGCUCGUGCCCAGAGGGGUCGGGAUGCUGUGGUACAGGGACCCACGGGUAUCCACAGUGUUCCUGGGGAAAAACCUGCUGGCUCUUGCAGUAAAGCUAAGCUCUGCCUGGGAGAGGCACAGAAAGGGCAGCGGAGGGAUGCAGGGAGCAGGAGCCGCCACAGGAACUGGAAACCAGACUCGAGGUGCGGCCUCUGAACAAGCCACGGAGCAGGAGCAAGAGUGCACAUCUCCAGUGCCGUCCUCCACGCGCUACCACACGCUUUCACGCACUCAUGGACACAGCCACUCGCUCUCUCACGUCAGCCUGGACCCCACUGAGACCUCUCUGGGACCGGCUUACAUUUCCCACGAGCUCUAGAGGUCACAAAAAAGCCCUGAAGCUGCCAGCAACUGGAAUUUGUAGGAACAUAACCAUCCCUGAAGUCUCUGUGCUUCUGGCAAGAUUAGCAGAGAUAACUUAUCGUAUUAGCACACUUUGUAGUUUGUACAACUGAUGAUUUCAAACAUGAGCAGCCUACUGUGGUGUGAAGCUCCCAGACAAAAUGAUAAUGAGGCUGAGGUUGCAACUGUUUUAAUUAAGUGCCUUCUUUAAAGAGCAACAAUUAAUAUUGUUACUCUUGUUCAUUUCGAUGUUCAUCGAGGACUGGAAUUAAACCAUGUACUGUGAAGCAUGACCACUGUUAAUAUUUCACUCUGUAAUAAAAAUGUUUAAUAGA